AUGAUAAAGCAUGGGAUGGACGUAAUACGACAGGCGACAACCUUUAUGAACCCGGGCCAGGUCCCAGUCAUUACUGUAGACCAACCUCUAUUUGCCUUGGUGAAGAUGGUGCAGUGGAAGUGGCCGACGUCACACGGAGAGCAGGCAUUCGUUGGGAUGAUGGGUGGUCUCCACGUUGAGAUGGCACUAUGGAGUGUAGUUGGCGACUUGCUAGAUGGGUCAAGAUGGACCACCGCCUUGACAGAAGCUGACGUGGCCUCGUCUGGUGUGGCAGAUUCAUUCCUGAAGGCAUCACAUCUAACAAGAACAAGGUAUGUUUGAAUUCCUGUUCAUAUAACUAGUUGUUUUCUCAGCCAGUGAGAGUUGCUUUUAUUGUUAUGAAACCGUAACUGUAUGCUUUUAAAUUUCAGGCAUGCUCACCAGGUUACAUCUCUUGCCCUGCAUAUGCUAAAGAAAGAGGCAUUUUCGACGUGCGCUGAUGACACUACAAUGGCUACAUGGGAGGACCAGAGAAAAACAAGGAGCCCGACAUUUCUCUUCUGGGAUCUUAUCUUGAAGUACGAGACCCUGGUUCUACUUUUUGUACGUGCACAUCGCCAGCGUAAUUUCACCCUGUACGUCGAGGCCCUUGAAGAGUUAAUACCAUUAUUCUUUGCACUGGAUCACAUGAACUACGCCAGGUGGGCACCCAUCCAUCUUCGAGACAUGAAGUCCUUGCCUGAAUCAAUCUCCAAGGUGUUUCAAGAGGAAGGACGUUGGGUAUUGUCGAAGACGGGCAAUCGGUUCUCUGCGAUCCCUUUUGACCAGGCGCACGAGCAGGAGAACAAGGUCGUAAAGAGUGCAGGAGGAGCCGUUGGCCUUACGGAAAACCCUGUAGCCUUUAGGUAAACUUUAAUAUAUAAUUACAAAAACUUCAUGUUACAACUGAAUUCGGUGCAUCGCGAAAUUCAUUUCCAAAAUGCUGGUUUUGUUUUAGACCUUAAAAAAUAGCAUAGUAAAUCAAUCCAAUCCAUUCAAGCGAUUCCUGUAUUGACAGAAAUCCAUUUGACUGCAUUAGGGGACAGGGCAAGUAAUUGAUAACAGGGCAAGUAAUUCAUUGUCCUGGACGGUUUAAUCGACUAUGCGCUCUUAUGAAAACAAAAAUGGUCGCGAUGCAUUGAAUUCAGUUUGCAAGACAGACAGUUGUUCUGAAAAAUCUGAAUGCUUUAGUUACAAAAUAUGGAUUAAUAGAUCUAAAAGCAAUAUUUUUUUUAAAAAAAAAGUUUCAGCUGAGCAAUUAUUAUUUUUCAUUUUCUAUUUUCAGACGAUGGAUGCUUUCCGGCCCUGAGACAACAAGGCUUCUGCACCAGUUUGAAGGUCAAUAUCUAGAAGAUAGCGACGAGCGUGGCGGACGUCUCAACCACGAAAUGGGCCUCAGUGCGCAAAAGACGUUUAAGCAGCAGGUGAAUAAACUAGUAGAUGUAAUGAGAGAGAUGGGAAACCCUUUCCUCAACGACUUUCCUGAGUUGGUUACACUGGAUAGCCGUGAUUGUGCAGACGAUGACGUAGCUAAGGCAGUGAAGAACCUCGACACCCUUGGUCAGACCCAGUACAGGGAAUAUGUCAAGACAGUUAUAGAGGAUCGGACGAUCUCCAUUCACAACACCAUUAAGAGGAACAAUAUCCCCCUUUACAAGAAAUGA